ACACAUAAUUGUAUAAUUUGGCACUGCGGAGCCUCUCGUUGGCUUGGACAUAAUGUGCGCGCUACAUUUCCAACCCUUUCCGCUGCAAAGCCACAAACUUCACUCUUCCGCGAUUUUCUGUCCUCCACGACCCUCUUCCCUUCCUCUUCUGCCUCCAUCUCCUAACCUAAUUUGCAAAUGCAGAACCGCAAUUUCCUCCGUCGAACUUCCUCCCAACGCCCUUCGCCGCAAGCUCGACCCGCAGUGGAGAGGAGGUUUCAGUCUAGGGGUUGACCUCGGAACGUCUCGCACUGGACUUGCUCUUAGUAAAGGCUUUUCCACUCGUCCUCUUACUGUUCUGGAGUUGCGAGGACAAAAGCUUGAGUUUAAGCUUAUUGAGAUUGCUGAACAGGAAGAAGCUGAUGAAUUUAUUAUUGGACUUCCUAAAUCACUUGAUGGAAAAGAGACACCUCAGUCAAACAAAAUCCGUAGUAUUGCCGGAAGGGUGGCAGCCCAGGCAGCUGAAAGGGGUUGGAGAGUUUACUUGCAUGAUGAACAUGGGACAACAGCAGAAGCGGAAAGCCAUAUGAUUUGCAGGGGGCUCAAUAAAACUACUCGGCAGAAGAAAAUUGAUGCCUAUGCUGCCAUGAUGGUACUAGAGAGAUAUUUUUCCAUGUCAGGCGAGGGAACCGAACUUGUAGUGCCUAAGGGUCAAGUUUUACAGGAAAAGCUUAUCGAGGGACCACCAAUAGACCCUGACUUCAAGGAUUAAGGACGUGCUUCAGGCAAG